CUUGCUCCGGAGGGUGCGGAGGGGACCAUGCCUUCGCCGCCACCACUUGUUCUCCUGCUGCUGAUGCUGCUGACUCCGGGGGCUGCAGCGAUACAAGGCAGGGCUGGGCAGCCUGGGGAAGGCAGCACCCACCAUGGCCAGGGUGCGGAUGAAGGUAAGAUUCUGCCGACGAUUUCCCAGGACGAUCCAGAGGUCCAGGUGAUGAAGGAGAGACUGCGCCGGGGGACAGAGGAGGAUUCCAAGUUGGUGCAGCAGUACGUGCCAGGGGUACGGGUGGAGUUCCCCCGGCCCCUCAACUCUGCCAACCUGCACCCAACUAAGGCCCUGCUGCCAUCCAGCACGGACCCAUCUGAGCGGCAACAAGGGGUCCCCACGGAUGGGGAGGGGGCAGAGCCCCGAGCCAACCUCACCACCGUGUCCGACAAGCGGUUGCAAAUCCAGAACCCCUUGUACCCGGUGACGGAGAACUCCUACAGCGCCUAUGCCGUGAUGUUCCUGUCCCUCAUUGUCUUCGCAGUGGGCAUCAUUGGAAACCUCUCCGUGAUGUGCAUUGUAUGGCACAACUACUACAUGAAGAGCGCCUGGAACUCCAUCCUGGCUAGCCUGUCUUUCUGGGACUUCCUCAUCCUCUUCUUCUGCCUGCCUGUGGUCAUCUUCAACGAGAUCACCAAGAAGAGGCUGCUGGGGGAUGUGUCCUGUCGCAUCGUGCCCUUCAUGGAGGUAUCAUCGCUGGGAGUCACCACCUUCAGCCUCUGCGCCCUGGGCAUCGACAGGUUCCACGCGGCCACCAGCCCCCAGGCCAGUGCCCGGCCCAUCGAGCAGUGCCAGUCCAUCAUCGCCAAGCUGGCUGUCAUCUGGGUGGGCUCCAUGACUCUGUCAGUGCCGGAGAUCCUGCUCUGGCAGCUGGCGCAGGACACGUCGCCUGUGUCCGGCGUCAUGACGGAGUAUUGCACCAUGAAGCCCUCGUCCAACCUGCCCGAGUCCGUCUACUCACUAGUGCUCACCUACCAAAACGCUCGGAUGUGGUGGUACUUUGGUUGCUACUUCUGCUUGCCCAUCCUCUUCACCGUGAGCUGCCAGCUGGUGACCCGGAGGAUCAGCGGCACGGAGAAGAAGACCGAGUGCCGAGGAACCAAGCACACCCAGUGUGAGAGUCACUUGAACUGCACCAUCAUCGGGCUCACCAUCAUCUACGGGCUCUGUACCACCCCUGAGAAUGUCUGCAACAUUGUGGUGGCCUACAUGUCCCCUGAUAUGUCCAAGCAGACCUUGGACCUGCUCAACCUCAUCAACCAGUUCUUCCUGUUCUUCAAGUGCUCAGUAACGCCCGUCCUGCUCCUGUGCCUCUGCAGACCCCUGGGCCAGGCCUUCAUGGACUGCUGCUGCUGCUGCUGUGAGGGCUGCAGCCCUGACACUGCCUCCAGCGAGGGCAGCGCCGACAGCAAGCUCAAAACAGAGAUGUCCUCCUCCAUCUUCUUCGACAAGCCUCGGGAGUCCCCUCCACCCCUCCUGGCCCUUGGCACACCUUGCUAAGUGCCACUGGGGAGCUGUAGAGAUCAUUCCACCACCUUCUCCCAAGACCAAACGUUGUUUUGCCAUUAGUGCCUGUGUCUGGAUGGGGAGCAAGCAGAAGAGACAGCUCAGAGGGCUGUGCCAUGGGCUUCAAACCCCACGUUGGGUAAGUGGGGCUUGAAACCCCAGGCCCCGUGGCUACAUUGGCAGCCUUCUUGCCUCUGCCCAAAGGCCAACAAGGACAUCAGCACCCUCCCGUCCUGGCUGCCUGGCCAGGCGCAGAGGGGUUGCUGCCCUGGAGAUGGAGUUGUGCCAGAAAGGUCCCAUCUGAAACUAUGGAGGGUUUCCAUGGUGGCUUGCAGAGGACAUAGAAAACACAAACUGCCCUCGUCCUGUCCUGUCCCCUCCUGCCAGCCCCCUCCACAGUAGGAGAAGGUCCCAGUGACUAUAUUCCACUGGAUCCAAGCCACUGCCUUGUAAGAGCUCAAUAAACCAGUAACCUAGA